AUGACCCGCACCUCCGAGGACCUUCCGCCGACGUACGAGGAGUCCGAGCUGGAAUCUCCACCACCGGUAUCGCCACCACCGGUAUCGCCUCCAAGCUCGGCCACCAAGGCCGUCGCCCCUUUGACGCUCACUGAGACCAACUCGUCCAUCAAGGGGACUUAUGCGGUGAGCCUCACGGGCUCUAACAGCGGCCCAGACGUCAAGAUGCACUCGACGAACGGGUCUGUUAUCGCCUCCCUCUGGUUGCACGGGUCUAUUGAUCGCCCCGCUGAAGUCGAGAUCACGACCACUAACGGACGUGUCGACUUAACCGUCCAGCGGCCUGCUGGCAUCGCUAUCGAUGUUCAGGCUAGGAGCCUCAAUGGGUCCGUGACGCUCAGUCUGCCAGACGACUUUGACGGGCUGGUCACGAUGCGCUCGACGAACGGCCGGAAAAGGCUCGUAGGGAUGGAUGGCGUCAUCUUACCGAACGAGGGCCACGACAAGAGCAUCACAUAUCGGGUGCGUCCGCGGUCCGAUGGUAGGUCGGGCCCUAGCGUGGGAUCUGGCCACCCGAGGACUGGCGACGACAAGAGCCACUUGAACAAGGAGGAGCAGGAGUACGCCCGCUUCCGCGAGGCUCCAAAGAACCGCGAGGACGACCCCAACGACAAGGGACCCGACCGCGUCAGCGCUUCCUCGGAUAACGGAGGCGUGCGCGUGCAGUACAUCGGCCACGAGGGGGAGGGUGGUGGCGGCGGCAGUGGCAGCUCGUCAUGCUGCAUCAUGUAG